GCAGGCUCGGGGAGCGCCGCACGCCCCCGGGAGAGAGCGACUCGGGAACAAAGCCCCCCGCCCCUUUGCACCGCGCCUCCUGCCGGCGGAGCGGGCAGGGACCUGCAGCUCCACCGGCAGCCUGGGGGGAGCGACGCCCCCAGCCCGCCCCCCUGCUUGGGCCGCGCAGCCCCCCCGCUCUGCCCAGCCCGCUUGUAGGGCUGCCUCGCGAGGUCACUGUCCCCUCCCCGCCCGCUUGUACCGCCCGGCGCUCCCCUCCUGACCUCGAGGAGGAGGGAAAAGCGACGCGGCUCCAGGCCACGGCUACCCUGGUGGGAGCCAUGCAGCCCCUUCGCGCCGCCCCAGACCUUGCCAGGGGAACUGCGCCCCUUCGCAGCGCUGCUGCAGGGGGAGCCUGGCAACCCCCCUACAGCGGCGCCAGUAGCCGGCGCCGGGGGAGCUCGAAGUGCGCCUCCCCCGCCCCCCGGGGCCCCUUUGUGCUGCUGCUCGGAUGUGCCCUAAGACACGCGGCGGAUGCGUCAAGGCGGAGGCGCUGCCGCUGCUGCCGCUGCUGCCAGCAACGCGCACGAGCUCAUUAACCCCGAGGCAACCCAUCCGCGAUCGAUCCUUUCCCUGCACCCCGCCCCAAGCCGCUCCGGAGAGCCGUCCGAGCAGCUCCGCCAUUUCCGAGAGCUGGAACAGACGGGCUCGGAGCAUCCCCUACCUGGCACCCACCCACCGGCCCCGCACAAAGGGAAAAGGCAGAGGAGCAGCUGGGGAAGGAUGGUGAAACUAGGGAAUAAUUUCAGUGAGAAGAGCACAAAGCAGCCCCUUUUGGAGGAUGGAUUUGACACUAUCCCCUUGAUCACACCCCUGGAUGUCAAUCAGCUACAGUUCCCACCUCCUGAUAAGGUUGUGGUCAAAACGAAAACAGAAUAUGAACCUGAUCGCAAGAAAGGAAAAUUUCGUACCCCCAAAAUAGCUGAAUUCACAAUCAGCAUAACUGAAGGAGUUUCGGAAAGAUUUAAGGUAACUGUUCUGGUCCUUUUUGCCCUUGCGUUCCUAACAUGUGUUGUAUUUCUAGUAGUCUACAAGGUUUACAAGUAUGAUCAUACCUGUCCGGAAGGAUUUGUUUUCAAGAAUAAUCAAUGCAUUCCAGCUGGAUUAGAGAACUACUACUCUGAACAAGACUCCAGUGCUCGAGGGAAAUUUUACACUGUCAUAAACCACUACAAUCUGGCCAAACAAACAAUCACACGCUCAGUGUCUCCAUGGAUGACAGUACUGUCAGAAGAGAAAUUGUCUGAACAGGAGACUGAAGCUGCUGAGAAAUCAGCUUAAUUGAUAAGCUAAUUAUUAAUAUGUCAUUUGAAGGUAACUAAGGGACUUUAAGGAACUUUUCAUUAAAUAUAAUUAUGGAUAAUUUAGAGGUUUAUGGUGCAAUUGCUUCUGUUUGCUGAUACUGCUUUGCAAAAAAUAAAACUUGCUACAAAACAUUCAUGGGCAUAAAAUAAAUUGCAUAUCAGUGUCGCUUUAGAGCUCUGACACCAUUUUCAUUGUUAAGAAAUUAACUUCAGAUAUUUUCUUGCAAUUUACUGGAUGCUGACAAUUUUUCACUGGAUUUUUCAGUGGUUUGGACUUCACAUAAUGUGCUUUGUCUGAACUGAUGAUUUUGUUUUUAUUACAUAGCCAUUUUUUGCAAACUGAACCACCAUAGCCAUAACUAGAGUGAUCUCUUGUUUAGCGAAGAGCUGUAUUUAAAACUUGUUUUCAGCUCAAGUAAGGCUGAUAUCAAGGACAUGCUGUAAUGAUUAGAAUGGAGAAAAACUGUCAGGUAGCAUAUAUUUCUUCACUGUUGAGUAAGUGAUGAUGAAGUUCUCUGCAACAAGGCAUGCUCAAUGUUUUAUUACUGUCAACAAAAUUUCACUACAUUGCCACUAUGGCUUUAGUAUGUUAGUAAGAAUGUGCACUGAAACACAAACUAGAUAGGACAUAGUGGGGAGAGAGACACAUUUUUAGCUAUGGAUUUGUUCAGGUUGUGUAAAAGCAACUUACGAACUGGAGGAUGCUCUGAUGAGAAGGGACAUCCUUUGAUCACAUUGAAGAAAGAGGCUGAAAGCCUUUCACUCUAGAUGUAGUCUGUAAUUUGUCUGAUAUGACAGAGGGAGUAACAUUUAAAAAGAAUCCCUUUUAUACACCAUUAACACUUUUUUCCCCCUUUUUAUAUAUUCUGAAUAGGCUUGAAUUAACUAUGCUGUGUGCAAUUUGCUAAUUUUUAAACUACAGGACAUCACAAGUGAAACUAGCGUAUUAGUUUACACUACUUGCUGUUUUAAAGUGACAUGUCAAAAGUGAGUGAAGAAGCAUAACUCUGUUUAUGUAUGAUUUUGGAGGAAAAAAGAUGUAGACAAGCCUAGUAUUGUGGGUGCACGUUCAAGUUUGAUGUUUCAUUGUAUUGACAAAUUUCUUAUUUUGUAUGAAACCAUGUUUUUUCAUUUAAUCCUAAAUAUGCGUUACAAAAAUAAUUUUGUUAAUCUGCCAGUUAGACAAAAUAAGUGUGUGAAGUUUUUAGGUAUGAGAUUCACUUUUCCUUUCAUAUUACUUGAAUGUGAUAUUUCUAGUGGACAUGUCAAAAGUUUCAUUGUUGUAGGCACUAUACAAAAGUGAAGGCAAAUCAUUGGUUGGUUGUCUAGUUCUGUAGUAGAACAAAUUUGGUCAGGUCCACUUUUGGGUUUUCUUCUAAUCCAUUAUUAAUGUAUUUAGUAUCAAGAAUUUUACAUACCAAUAAAGUACAAAAUGGCCACUGCUUCUCAAAUCUAUAGGUUUGAUACCAAACAUAACAAUGAGUGUGCAUUAUAUAGUUAUGAACUAUAAAAAGCUUUGUUAUUAUGCUGUGUGGAAUGCAUAAAAAAGCAAUAAAUUGUGUGCCAAAAUUUUCUUUGCAUUUUUUAAAAAAGUUAAAACUCCUGUAAACACAUUACAACAUACCAUGUUUUGUCUGCUAGUAAACAGGUACUUUAUUGAAUGUAAAUUGAUUCACAUGUAACUUUUGACAUUUUCACUUCAUACAAAAUAAAGAAUAAGGAUUAUAUUGCCUGUUGCAUACAGUAUGUUGACAUACAUUUCCCAAGACACACAAUAAAAUGAACUUUGAAAUCAAAAUUUUUACCAAAAACAUGAAUUCAAAUUUUAAAAGAUUUGUUUCUCAUUAUUAUCCUCUGAUGUAAUUUAAAAUAUUUUCCCUUAACCUUAGACCGGUACACAACUUAACUGUACAGCCAGCUGCUGAACAAUAAGACUAGUUACUAUCCUCAAAAGAAAACAUUCAAAAAUUUCAAGCAGCUGGAAACAACUCAUUGGGUGACUGAUACUGCACCCCUUGAAGUCAAAGAGAGUUUUCUCACUGACCAGCAGGAGGUGGUUCAUAAGCUCCUGGCUCCAACAGUUUUUGAACAGAUAGUUAACAAUUUUAAUACUUCAGAAAGUUUGGCUUCUAUAUUAUCUAUUCUUCGGCUUUGCUCCAACAUCUCAAUACAUCAGUUACAUCACAAUGUGUUUACUAUAAUUUAACAAACAUGACACUCUAAACUUCUUGAAACCUAGUUAAGUAAAGCUUUAUAACAGCGUUUAAAAGACAAUUAUUUCCCACCAAAUACAAGUAACCCCUGCACAAACUAACUCUACAGGAGUAGGAGUGGCUGUCACACAUGUACAAGGUCACUACACUUUGAAGUGAGUGAUGUGACUAAAAAAGAAACCCGAGAAGGUAGAUAGAAAAGCUCAACCCUGUAUGCAUUGCAACAAUUUUCUUCAUUGUACAUCCUGUCUACAUUGUGAACUUUCCACUAAUUGGCUUGGUGGGCUAAAAUUUCCUAAAGGUAUAACUUACAUUUUAUUGAAAAUUUCUUGCAAUUUACUAAACUCGAGCCUACUUUUCACUUGCUAGCUGUCUCAAAGGUUUUUAGCUUUGAAAGACUACCUGUUUUAUGAAGCUGCUGAAUGGACUUAAAUGGUGUUGAUCUGUUCACUGCAAGAGUGGUACAGACACACUUUUUUUGCAGGAAAAUAUUUUCCAGUCACAACAGUAUUACAUUUGCAGAUAGACAUUCCUUCUCUCAAAGCAAGAUGCACUAAAUCUUAUACAAACAUAGCACAUAAUAAAACAAAGUCUAACUGUCAUACCAGUCCAGAAAAAGCAAAGAGAACGAACACAUUACAAGGAAGAAAAGGAUCCAUACUCGAAAGCCAGCGUUUUUUUUGAUUGCCUGUAGGAAGAUAUGAGCUCAAUGACUAUUUUUCCCUAAAAAUACUGAUUUCCAUAAUAUGACUCAACCAACAGUCCAUCUGGGCCCAGUCUGGCACCUCUUUAAGCCAGUGGCAAAACUCACCAUUGACUUCACUUAGAGAAGAGUUAGGCCCAUAUUUCUCUAGAUCUCAUCCCAUGACUCAGGCCUCAAAAUUUCAAAAGCAGAGUCAGCAGAAGGGGAAAAAAGGAAUCCCACAUCCCACCAAUAUAGUUGGGUUAGUUAAUGAUAGAACAUAUGCCAUGCACAAGAAUGAACAGUUCUAAAGAAAGUGUUACAAGAAUUGAUUAAAAAUGCAUACAUUAUCUAUUUAAAUGCCAAAAGUUAACUUUAAGAACAAGAGAAACAGCUUCUCUAAACAGUUUAUUAAAGCUCUUUAGUGAUUUAAACAACAUAAUAGCUGUUACUGAGGGCUGAUUUAACAUAGCUCAAGGCAAUAUUUAAAUAUUGUAAACGACCAAGUCCAAGUUUAAAAUAGCAAACAUUGAUUCCAAGAUUUGUUUUUCAACUGAAAUGGGAAGGAUGGGGGGUUAUUUUAGACUUAAUAUCAAUAGACUAUCAUUAAUAGUAUCAGUCUCAAUUAAAUACAGAAGUUUUCAUUUGUGGAUCUCAAAGAGUUUUACAGGUAGAGAAACUGAAGCACAGAGGUUAAGUGACUUCCCCAAGUUAACGUGCAUCAGAAGAUCUGUGUUUUAGUCCCAGCUCUGCCACUGACACACUAUGUGACCGUAGGAAAGUUAGUUACACUCUCUGUGCCUCAGUUCUACCAGCUGUAGAAUGAAGAUAAUGAUGCUUUGAGAGCCAUGAAUGAGAUGCACUGUACUUAAGUGCUGAAUAUUAUUAAUAAUCUAUUAGUCUACUGGCAAUGAGUCUAAAAAAAUUCAUCCCUGCCAUCAUAUGCUCUGCCUGCUAAGCCAUGUUACCUUUUGGAUAACUGAAUAUGAGAAAUAACAGUCCUAAAUCUGAAAAUAAAGUCCCAAACAGAUUUUCAAAAAUAAGUGCCUAAUGAUAGGGUCCUAAAUUCAUGUUUAGGCAUUUAGAUAAAAGAAGACCUAUAAACAAGACCGUAUGUAGUAUGGGGAAGGGCCUCUUCGAAUCAAAAUAAUGUAUCAAGACUGCAUUCCCAUCAAUUUCAGUGGUGUCUUCUUCCACCAAACUCCUUUGCAUAGGUGACUACAUGCAGCCCAGGGUCAUCCUCAUCCUUAACAAGGAGGUGAAGACCAGCAAAGUUUACAGGUCCCAGUGGUUGUUCAGAUCAACAUUAGUGAAACAUGAAGUUUCACAGGCUACACUUACACUUCAGUGUAAGGGAUGCAGGUAGCUUCCACCCACACUGCUAUUGCUAAUCAGAUAUGCCCCUAAGGUAGCCUACAAGUUGCAAAUAUUGUCAUGGUAUAGGGUAUUGCUUAGGCAAAAAUGCUUUGAUAGCUAGGAACAAUAAAUGCAUCAAAACACUACUUAGUAACAUUACCUCUCUUAUGUCUUCAUUGCCUUCUUUGAUAUUCUCUGUUGCACC